UUUGGUAACAAUUAAAGGGCCUCCCGGUGCAAGCAGAAAGCUGUUUAUUUUCUGUUACAUCACUUCGCUUUGCCUUCGAAGGCUGGUCUGUGUUCAGUGUUUUCGUGGUGAUGCAAGUCGGCUCUCUCCUCCAGCAGUUGGAUCCCUCCCAUCUCACAGCACCUCACAGGUCUCUUCCCUGAGCAGUGCAUUGCUGGAGAGCGGAGCAGCUCACGAAUCAGCUGCAGGUCCCUGUUUUGAAAAAGCAGAGAUACAGAAGCAAAGGAAAAGGGUGGACUCCUAUGUGACCUGGUCUCAGAGCAGGACAAUCACCAGCUGAAUUCCAGAAGCCCUGUUCAUGUUUGGGGAGAUUGUGUCGACUGCAUGGAAUCAGAGAGAAGCCAAAGGAUGGGAAAUGCCUGCAUCCCUCUGAAAAGAAUUGCUUAUUUCCUAUGUCUCUUAUCUGCGCUUUUGCUGACUGAGGGGAAGAAGCCAGCGAAGCCAAAAUGCCCUGCCGUGUGUACUUGUACCAAAGAUAAUGCUUUAUGUGAGAAUGCCAGAUCCAUUCCACGCACCGUUCCUCCUGAUGUUAUCUCAUUAUCCUUUGUGAGAUCUGGUUUUACUGAAAUCUCAGAAGGGAGUUUUUUAUUCACCCCAUCGCUGCAGCUCUUGUUAUUCACAUCGAACUCCUUUGAUGUGAUCAGUGAUGAUGCUUUUAUUGGUCUUCCACAUUUAGAGUAUUUAUUCAUAGAAAACAACAACAUCAAGUCCAUUUCAAGACAUACUUUCCGGGGACUAAAGUCUUUAAUUCACCUGAGCCUUGCAAACAACAAUCUCCAGACCCUCCCAAAAGAUAUUUUCAAAGGCUUGGAUUCUUUAACAAAUGUGGAUCUGAGAGGGAAUUUGUUUAAUUGUGACUGCAAACUGAAGUGGCUGGUGGAAUGGCUAGGCCACACCAAUGCAACUGUAGAAGACAUCUACUGUGAAGGCCCUCCAGAAUACAAGAAGCGCAAAAUCAAUAGUCUCUCCUCCAAGGACUUUGAUUGUAUCAUUACAGAAUUUGCAAAGUCUCAAGACCUGCCUUAUCAAUCACUGUCCAUAGACACUUUUUCUUAUAUGAACGAUGAGUAUGUAGUCAUCGCUCAGCCUUUUACUGGAAAAUGCAUUUUCCUUGAAUGGGACCAUGUAGAAAAGACCUUCCGGAAUUAUGACAACAUUACGGGCACGUCCACUGUAGUAUGCAAGCCUAUAGUCAUUGAAACUCAGCUUUAUGUUAUUGUGGCCCAGCUGUUUGGUGGCUCUCACAUCUAUAAGCGAGACAGUUUUGCAAAUAAAUUUAUAAAAAUCCAGGAUAUUGAAAUUCUCAAAAUUCGAAAACCCAAUGACAUUGAAACAUUCAAGAUCGAAAACAACUGGUACUUCGUUGUUGCUGACAGUUCAAAAGCUGGUUUUACCACCAUUUACAAAUGGAAUGGAAAUGGAUUCUACUCUCAUCAAUCCUUACAUGCGUGGUACAGGGACACUGAUGUGGAAUACCUAGAAAUAGCCAGAACACCUCAGGCACUCAGAAUGCCUCAUUUAAUCUUGUCCAGUAGCUCCCAGCGUCCUGUCAUUUAUCAGUGGAACAAAGCAACACAAUUAUUCAUGAACCAAACUGACAUCCCAAACAUGGAGGAUGUGUAUGCCGUCAAGCACUUCUUGGUGAAGGGUGACGUGUACAUUUGUUUGACAAGAUUCAUUGGUGACUCCAAAGUAAUGAAAUGGGGAGGCUCCUCAUUUCAGGAUAUUCAGAGGAUGCCGUCACGAGGAUCCAUGGUGUUCCAGCCUCUUCAGAUAAAUAACUAUCAAUACGCCAUUCUUGGAAGUGAUUAUUCUUUUACUCAAGUGUAUAACUGGGAUGCAGAGAAAGCCAAAUUUGUGAAAUUUCAGGAAUUAAAUGUUCAGGCACCAAGAUCAUUUACACAUGUGUCCAUUAAUAAGCGUAAUUUCCUUUUUGCUUCCAGUUUUAAAGGAAACACACAGAUUUACAAACAUGUCAUAGUUGACUUAAGCGCAUGACACAUAUACAUUUUGUGGCUGCCAUCAGAAACUUUCUACAGUACAUGGUCCGGAUGAACUCAAUGCAUGAUGACUCUUCUUAUCACACUUGCAAAUGAAUGCCUUUCAAACAUUGAGACUGCUAGAACCAAGCACUACCAGUAUCUCCAUCCUUAACUGUCCAGUCCAGUGGUGUGGGAAGUUCCCUUUUAUAAGAUGAAAUUGAAUUGUGUGACUGUUCUUUGCAGUGAAGAUGUGUAAAUAAGCGUGUCAUGGUCUCUGUUCCUCUAAAAAGAAAUAUUAAUAUGUACUUUUCCAUUUAUUUAUUCAUGUGUUCAGAAACAACUGCCAAAUAAAAUGUUUACAUUUUCUUUCCUAUCCCAAAGGUAAUUAUUUAUGGGACUUGUUUUUCCUUGGUGAUGGUGUGCUGAGGAAAGUGUUUUAUAUAAUAGGGUUAUAUUUGAAUCAAGAAUUUAUGCUGUGAAUAAUGAGUGAAGAUGCAACUCUGAUAUUGAUUACCUGUAAUUUCUGAACAGGUGUAUCAGCUGAUUUUGAACAUUUAAUGGUGUUUCCAAAAGGUCAUGCUGUUUAAGAAAACUUUGAGGUAAAGUGGUGACAAAUUUUUAAAAGAAGAGUAGAAAAAUUUGCUUAUUACAAGAAGACUAAUUUGAAAUGAAGAACAGUAAGACCCAUUCUUUCCUGUCCAAUAGCUCCUGUUACAACCAUUAUUCAGACGACUAAUAGGAGAAGCUAAAGCCAAGGUUUUGGACUUUAAAAGCUCAGUUCAGGGACUUUCUAAGUGUCUGACUCUAGAAUCAUCGGACAGCUGAUAGAGAUUGUAACGUUAUAACACUUUCUCCAAAUAUACCUGAAAUGAAGGCCUCUUAAUCGGACCAAGGAUGCUUUGCUUCUAAAGAGCAGUUUUGGUACGUUAUUGACCUGUUGCAGAGCACCCAGGAAGCUCAUAUUUUAUUUUCGAAAUUCUUCCUCCUGGAUCACAAGGGUCGUUAGCACCUAGCACAAUGCCUGUGAUAUAGUAGGCUCUCAAAAGUGCUUUGAAUAAUAAUAAUAAAGUUUAUGAGGCACUUUGAUCUAAUCAGUUGGUAUUUAUUGAGUACCUAAUAAGAACAAGGUAUCAUUCCUGUGGUAAGGGGAAGAGAACUGAAGAAGAAUAGGGCAUGGUCCUUGCCCUCUGGGGCCACAGAAGACUCAUUGCGGGAUAAGAACAUAGCAGAGCAAGCAGUACCUGCCAAGUGUUAUCUGAACACUCUAAGUAUCAUGGGAGCAUCAGAGAUCACUUCCUGUAAGAAGUGGUCCUUGUUUGAACUUAAGGGAAGAUAUGAUUUCAAAAGGGGAACAUGGCAGAGAAGUCGUUCCUGGCACAAACUGGUUCUGUGUGCUGCCUUUACAGAAGGGAUCAGAGCUCCCUCCAACUCAUUGCUCCCCAGAGUCUUUUGCCAAAUGGGGGCAGAUAAGGGCACAUCAACAGCUCUGCCAGCACUUAUCUGGAAAACUUGCUAUGGCAUCAAAGGUACACACAAUAGUUGCAUUGAUUCUGGGAAACAACACUUUGGGGAGUUCUGCACAGGAACCAGACUCCUUUAUAACAUGGGGAAGAUAUUAACUGGCAUCAGGGUAAUGAGGAAGAAGGUUUACCCACUCUGCAUCCUGUAUGUGGGGAGCACUGGCCUUUGAAUGUCUUUCUUUUUUCACUUCUCAUUUCCUACAAGCAGCGUAUAUGCUGUAGGAGAGUACCUGCUUGUACAGACUGGGUUUAAGGCCAGCCUUGUCAUGUACUCGCUUUGUCCACAGACAAGUUACUUAACCUCGCUAAGCCUCAGUUUCUCCAUCUGUAAAGGGACAACAAUGCCUACUCCAAGGACAGUGGAAGAAGUUAAUGAGAUAAUGUGUGUGUGACAGAUUGAACUUUCGAAAGAUGGCAUAAUAUGUCCUAUCCCACAUGCUCUAUGAGAACCUUGUCCCCACCCCAUCAACAGGUGGUGCCUAAUUCUCCCGUUCUUAAAUCGGAACGGGCUUGUAACCAAUAGAAUGUGGAGGAAAUGAUGCCGUUUGACUCUUGAAGCUGGGUUAUAAAAACCAUGAAGCUUCUCUUCUGCCUUGUGAACCGGGACACUUGCUUUUGGAACCUUAUCUGCUACAUAAGAGUCCUGCUAGCCUGAAGCCACCAUUCUGUGAGGAAGACCAGGCUUUGGUUGACAGCUGCAGCUGAGGUCCCAAUCAACAGCCAGCAUCAACCAACAGUCACGUGAGUGAUGCCUCCGGUGAUUCCAGCUCCCAGCUGUCAUGUCACCACCAGCCACUAAAUCUUCCCUACUGAGGCCCUGGACAUUAUGGAGCAGAGACAGGCCGUUCCCUUGCCCAAACUCCUGACCCAUAGAAUCUAUAAGCAUAAUAAAAUGAUUGUUUUAAAUA